AUGUUGAUCAGCGACACCAGAAGAAGAGGCAUUUCGUCAAUCGAAUUUUCCGUUGGAUUCCUCAGUUUACUGUUGUCGGUAUUGUUCAUCAUUUAUGGAUAUUCUCUCAAAUCACAUACUAGAUCACAAUCGGUGACAAUAUCGAGUCAAGAAUUUGAGAAUGUACUGGCCCAUCACUCUGCAGCUCCACGUUCAUGUUGCUUUCAGAAUGCUUCAACGACGACAAGUCGGAUCAUCUCGUCGAUAGCGAUCUUCGUGUCGUCUUCAUGGUAA